AUGGGACGGGCGAAAAAUCGAAAAGUUGUCCCAACUCGAGUGAAACAACAUCAAGUUGCCGUUCGGGAUCACACCGUUGUUAUCGAAUGUCUCAAGCCCUAUGUCAGUCUCUUGCCUGAUCUGCGAUCUGUUGGAACUUCUAAACAGAAGGCCUUACAUCUGGCUUUGUACCACGUCGGAUGUAGUGCCGCCCAAGCUUUGGAGAGUUAUCUCAAAGAAAAGCCGAUCAACGUAAAAGGAGAUGAAAAUUCGGUAGGAUUUUAAUUUACUUGUUUUAUUUUUAGGUUAUUUGCAAAGAUCAAUACCACUUGAUUUUCUUGUUAUGAUCGGCGUUUUUAUGAAAUACAUGUUUUAGUCGGAGAGCGAAGAGUUGAGGUUGUUGCUUAAUUAUGUCUCGGUUGAAAUGGCCGCUGAUGACCUCAAGCGAGUGUGCAUGGGUGAAGAUGGGAAGAUCCUGUUGAGAGAUGAGCAUAAUAAGAUUCUGAAUGAAGUGGCGGCCGCCGCUUUAUCUGCCUUCACCUUUGCUGCUGCUGGGAGGCCAGCAACCCGACAUGUCGAAUAUCUGAUGAACCCCACCGCCUCCGUCGACGGCCCUGAUGAAAAUGGGUCUCAUGCCUCAACUGCAGUUAGUGCCGACCCCAAGGGUGGUGGAUAUGCGACUGGGCAUUACGUCGAGUCUUUGUUCACGAACCCAUUCAACCCGAAGAGUCGAAAGAAAGAUGGGAGCGAUGAUGGAGAAGAGUAUUCGGAUGAGGAAGAUGACGAAGACUCCGAUGAUGAUGAUAUAGACGACCCAAACGAUGAAACUGCCAAUGUUGACCGAACAGAUGCUCUUUUAAGGUUUGCCUGUUCCGUCGGAUAUACGGAAUUAGUGCGACAACUGGUAAAAAUACGGGGUUCCGCCGAAUAUUCAUCUAUUCGGAAAACGACUAUGUUGAUGGAGGCCUGUUGUGUUGGCCAUACGGAGAUUGUGAAAGAAUUGAUUAGUUUUGGAGCAGAUGUUAAUGCGUUAAGUGGGACACUAAAUACUGCCCUGAUCUACGCUUCAACUACCGGCAAGGUCGAUGUAUGUCAGAGUUUUGUUGUUUAUUGUUUUUAUGACUUGGUUUAUGGGUUGGUUUUUAGUGUGUGAGACUAUUGUUACAAUGCCCCGGAGUUAUGCUGGAUAUCCGAAAUGCCAGUGGUCACACAGCUUUAAUGGAAGCCAGCAGUGCUGGACACCUUGAUGUGGUUAAAGAAUUGUUGGCUUACAAUGCUGAUAUCUUUGCGAUUGUUGAGAACGUUGAUUUUAAGGUAAAUUAUUUCCUUUGUGUUUUUAUUUUAGGAAUCGUCUCUUUCACUUGCUUCGUAUCGAGGUCACGUUGAGGUUGUCAAGUAUCUCUUCCAAAAUAUGGCAGAUACUCCAGAGAAAUUGGAGGAAUUGCAUACUGGACUCCUGGAGGCUGCGAUGAAUGGACAUUAUGAAGUGGCAAAGGCGUUGUUGGAUGGAGGAGCCCCUGUUAAUCUCCCAACUGAGAACUUUGAGAGUCCCUUGACCUUGGCUGCUUGUGGAGGUCAUCUCGAAUUGGUUGAGUUGUUGGUCGAACGAGGAGCUGAUCUGGAAGAACCUAAUGAUGAAGGGUAUACCCCGUUGAUGGAAGCUGCGAGAGAGGGGUACAAGGAUGUUGUGGAGUAUCUUCUUGACCAUGGGGCUAAUGUUAAUUCCAAGAUUGAAGAAGGAAUUGAGACACCCUUGACUCUGGCUGCUUCUGGUGGAUAUCUGUAAGUACUUUUAUUUCGUCUGUUUUUUUGCAAUUGGCAUGAAUUGUAAAUCGAGUCUUUAGGAGUGUUGUCCAAAUUUUGGUACGAAGAGGUGGAGAUUUGUUUUUGGGCGAGAGGACUCCAUUAUAUGAGGCUGUACAGGAAGGUCAUGUUGAAGUGACAAAGUUCAUUAUCAACGAAUUGAAGAACACUGAGAGAAAAGAGGCAUGUCGCGUUUGUUUUGAUUUUUAAGUUCUCUUUAGGAUGCAAUUGUCGAACUAAAUUGCGCUCUUGUAUGCGCUGCUGAGAAUGCCAGUCUUCCAAUGUGUAACCUUUUGCUGGAGAAUGGCGCUGGGAAGGAUAGUUACUCAAGGGAAGGCCGAACUCCUCUGAUGGAAGCGGCUCGACAUGGAAAUAUUGAAAUCAUUGAUUACUUGAUUCUAAAAGGAGUAGAUGUCAACAAAUCAUCUCCGAAUAACGAUGCGACGGCCCUUUCUUUGAGUUGUCUUUACGGACACGCGGAAGCAACAAAGCUGCUUUUAAUGAACGGUGCAAACCCAGAACACACUCUGAGGGAUUCGGUUUCUUGUAUUAUUGAAGCGUCGAGGAAUGGAAGCACUGAAUGUGCAAAGCUUUUGUUGGAUUAUAUCAGUCAUCCGGAUAGAAAUCAUCGGAUUUCUACAGCUGUAAGUCGCGUUUUUUUUGUUAAUGCAUAAAUUUAGGUUGAAAUAAGUAAUCGUCCUAAGAUCAAGCCGGUUUCUAAACUCCAGAAUGGAGUCCAUGCGACCACGCGUCCUCAAUCUGAGCGAUACCAUCCCAACGAAACCGGAGAUGCUUCUUCUCGUUUAGAUCAUCUACCAGGCCAACGAAAUCUUACAGAAGAUCAUAGUCAUUCGAAUUGUAAGUUGAGUAAGUCAACCUUUUGCUUACUUUUAUUAUAAUAAUGUCAUGUAUAUCUGGGCUGCCUUUCAUUUAUUCUAAUUUUUAGCUGUCAAAUCCGCAGAAGAGUCGACUCUGGCUCAUUUUAUGUACAACACUUUGAUUGAACCCAAAAGAAAAGAUGGAUGGUCGGAUAAUGAUCUAGAGAUAUUUAUGGACAUGAUUUCAACAGCAAAACUUUUGGAUAUAAACCCCAAGGCAAUUGCUCAAGCAAUGACAGAGUUUGAGAACACCGGAGGUUUGAUUGGAUUGAAUUCGUUGGCAGAAUCCUCUGGAUGUCCAUCAUGUCAACAUUCCCAACGAGUUGCUGCAAAGACAAGUCCCAAUUUGAACGUGAACACUGCUGCGGUUCUGAAUGCCAUUCAUAAUGCGCGUUCAGGAGCUGAAGAAGCAGCUCGGGUUGCCAAUGCCGUCUUUCCUCACGGUGCACCGGCUCCAGACUCUGGAUUACUUAACUCCACAUGCAAUGCUACAAUCAAAAGAAAGGUAGUGAAAUCGCAGACUGGAGUGGGAGAAGGAACCACCAAAGCGACUACUACUGGAUGUAAGGACAAAUUUUAAUUAAUUUAUUUGAUUUUAGUGAAGCAAAAGUUAGCGGAGACGAGUGAAUUGAUCCGGUCGAAGCUCGAAUCCCUUUCCGUUGAGGCCGAGUAUUUAGCCCAACUGUCCAAUUCCUCUGGUUCCACUAAUGCUCCAGCCGGGUCUUUGGAGGAAACGAUGCUCAAACUCAGAGAGCUUGGUUUUUCUUAUAACUGUGAGUGCAUUUAUAUAACGCCUAUUAAUUUCUUCUAGCUGCAAAUCAAAUGUUUCCCUCUCCUUGUUUCAACAACCGCAACUCGCCUGUGCCCUCGGAUCAUCCAGUGUUUGUUCAUCAACAAAAGCAGAUUCUGCAUACUCAUCAAAGCAAUGUUUACAACCCGGUUAUUCCAACAGAGCCUGCUCCUGCGAAUCCUCGAAUUGGUCGUCGAGUGUCCAAGACAGGGGCCUCGGAACGCCGUACGGCAUCAGCUGGUUCGUCUCUUCCACCGACUUCCGAGCCGUUAACUAAUAGAACCAUCGAGGAUCCUCAUGUUGCUAACUUCGUUGACAUUCAGACCGAGACCAAUUCGGAUACCGCGUUGACGGUUGCCUGUGUUGGUGGGCAUGAUGCUUUAGUGAAGUUGUUGAUCGAAAGGGGAGCCAAUAUUGAACAUAGAGACAAGAAGGGAUUCACUCCUCUUAUUCUGGCAGCUACUGGAGGGCAUGUUGAAGUUUGCAAACUGUUGAUUGGCGCUCAUUGUGUUAUCGAUGCUCAGUCUGAUAGAACCAAGGAUACUGCUUUGUCACUGGCCUGUUCCGGAGGUCGCAGAGAUGUAGGGUGGUUAGACGGGAACUGAUUUUAAUAGUUGUUUGCAUUAAUAAUGUUUAUUUUAUAGGUUGUGGAACUUCUGUUGCAAUAUGGUGCGAACAAAGAGCAUCGCAAUGUUAGCGACUACACUCCGCUUUCACUCGCUGCUUCUGGUGGAUAUGUUGAUAUUAUUACUUUACUUCUAAAUGCUGGAGCUGAGAUAAACUCCCGCACUGGAUCUAAAUUGGGGAUCUCUCCAUUAAUGUUGGCUGCAAUGAAUGGACAUGAUCAAGCAACGCUUUUGCUUCUCGAACGAGGCUCCGACAUUAAUGCACAGAUUGAGACGAAUAGAAAUACUGCACUGACUCUGGCCUGUUUUCAAGGAAGGACUGAAGUUGUUCGACUUUUGUUGCGUUAUGGAGCGAAUGUUGAACAUAGAGCUAAAGUAUGGUUUUAUUUCAUAUUAUUGUGAUUACCUUCUGAUUUUAGACUGGCCUAACACCAUUGAUGGAAGCUGCCAAUGGAGGGUAUACUGAGGUUGGUGAACUCCUUCUUCUUGCUGGAGCUGAUCCCAAUGCUCCUCCCGUCCCGAGUUCUCGUGAUACCGCCUUAACCAUCGCUGCUGACAAGGGUCAUUCGAGUUUUGUGGAUAUAUUGCUUGAUCAUAAUGCAGCUAUAGAUGUCAGAAACAAGAAAGGAUGCACUCCACUGUUCUUGGCUUGCUCUGGAGGCCACCUGCCUACAGUUAAAAGCCUUAUCCUUAAAGGAGCCGAUCCUGACGCCAUGGAUAACAGAAAAACCCUUCCUUUGGUGGCUGCGUUUAGAAAAGGACAUCUGGAGGUGGUCGAGUACAUGGUUUGUCAUGUGACUCAAUUCCCAAACGACUCGGAAUGCCUGCGAUUCUACAAGUCUUGCGGAGACGAAGAGGCUGCCUCUAAGAUCAAAAAAUGUUUUUGUUCGAUUGUAACAGCUAAGGAAAAGCAAGCCGAACAAGCUAAUAAGGCAGCUGAUGAUCUCCUACAAUUACUUGAAGAGGAGAAGAAACAAGCAAAAGUAAAAGAAGAAACCAAAAAGAAACAAAAGGAAAAGAAGAAAGCCAAGAAAUUGGCAAGGAAAUUACAAGACCUACCUUCAGAAAAGGAUAUGGAGGAAGAUCAGGAAGCCAAGGAAAAUGUUCAUAAGAUUAAGGCCGCUAGUCCUGAGGUUGAGAAGAGUCCAGAAGAAGAGCGGGUACCAGUAGUACCUUUUAAUGAAAAAGUCGACGUCAAAGAAUCUUUUGCCCCAGUCGGGAAGCAGAAGCGGCAAUCAAGAAGGCAGCGGAACGAGUCAAGUGGUAUGUUUUUAAAACAUAACAUUUGGGCUGAUUUUUUGUACUUAUUGUUUUGAUUUAGCGGCGUCCAUUUCCGUAACAUCUCCCCGUCCAAGUCCUUUGCCAAAUAAUGGUGUCUUCAAAUCAUCUACUGCGUCUUCUAAUGAGGAAUCGGAAUGGCACAGUGCGGGAAAGAAGAGAGCUGUGGUAAGUAAAGUGUAAUCGCCAAUUACUCUGAUUUCCAGUCACGUCAUGGAAAAGAACCACGGAAUUCAAAGGAUUCUUCAACUCAUGAAGUCAAUCCGUCUGAAUUCGAAAUCAUCAGCGACAUUACCCAUGACAAUCCUAACAUCUUGGAGACCUUAAAUCAAAGCGACCUCAACUCGAAGAGACGAGUCUACGCCAUGAUUGUCAAUUCGAAUACUGUGGCCAGAAUCAUUGGAAGAGCUGGCCAAAAUAUAAAUGCCAUCAGAGAAGCGACAGGAGCCCAUAUCGAAGUGGAGAAGAUAGCCACCCGGAGGGAACAGAGCACCAGACAAAUUGUAGUCAAGGGUCUAUACGAUGUCGCCAAAUUGGCCGUUACAAUGAUUGAUCAAUUAAUCAGAGACAGCGAAACUCACGUUAGUGAUAUAAUCAAAAGGGUCACCCGAUCCCGCUCUCGAUCGUCCACCAACACCCAAUCCCAAGGUUACGGAACCACUUACAGACACUGCGGCUAUACUGUGGCUUCGUCAAAUGCUUCGAAUGUAUCCUCCAAUCAAGGACUAGGAAACGUCUGGCAAAAGAGAGCGGCCACCAUCAGACAUGUACAUCCAAGUACAGAUCCAGCUUCUAUUGAAUCCCAGUCUAGUGGAUCUCCACCACCUCCAAUACAAACGCCUGCUCAAGGGCUCCCGGUUUCUUCCUCGGUUUCUCCAAUUCGGUCACAGUCAGACAGUCCCAUUCCUCAUUUACAGCCAACUUCCUUUGUUAAUGAGACCAUAGAAGAAGUCCUGACUCCCAACAGACUCCCAGACAUUGUUGAUGAAGACCUAAGAAGAAAGGCGCCGGGAUGCGAUAGACCGUCGGCCAACCAAGCAAGGGAUCCGCAAAGGUGAGACUGAGGUUUUUACUUUUUAAAACAUGUUUUUUAGAAACGAACCUUUUAAUUUUAUCCAUGAACCAGAACUGCCAUCCUUUUCCAACACGGAUCUUUUGGAGAACAAUUUUGUGGAUUUGGCCGGGAUCUUGAAGGAUGUUCCAAUCCAACUUUCUGCGAAUGUUGGCACAGCUUCAUCUCCAAUUAUCCCUCCGUUAAGUAGCUUGAAUGGAACUUCACCGCAGUCGGAUAAAAAGCCUCGCCCAUUAUCCGAGAUCUGGGAUAACCGGGGCUCUGAACCGAACUCCUCAGACUCGUUUGGUCUUGGGUUUAGUUCUAUGUUUGGAUCAAGUUUGGGAGACCCUAAGGCAUCGCUUUGGCUGCCUCCUCAGCCCAAAACCGAAUCCGUCAGAGAUGAUACCUGGCUCGGAUCGUCCGGUGCUUCAAUGUUUGGGGCUAUCGGAAGCGACAAGAAUGGAACUCCGAAAGGAAAUCGUCCGCAUUCGUCUACUGAUUGGACCAACUCCUUGCCUUCUAAUCAAAUGGGAUGGGGCCAGCCCAAUGAUUCAAAUUGGUCUGGAUCCCCUGGCUUGAAGCCUUCCUUGCCGGCCGCCAUUGGUUGUUCAACUCGUUCAACUGAGUCUCCACGAGUGCAAAACGCUAAUUGGAGCAAUGGUGAAAGGAUUGAUGUCUUCCAUCAACUUGCAGCCCAACUAGGAGACGCCGCCGAAAAAGAGAAACAAAAGCAUCAAACUGUUCAGAAUGCAUUUUCCGCCUACAAUCAAGUAGAUGAUAGAGUAAGUUAUCGAUUUUUUUUUUGAAUUAUUCAUUUUUCAGUUUGGAAUGCCCCAAUCUAGACAAUCGAUGCCGCCUAAUACCCAGAUACCUACCACCACAGCUGCCCACCCUACAGUAAUCAAAAGUUAUCUCGACAGUAUGCAACAGCCAUCCAAGGAUUAUGAAAUGAUGUUACCAAAUCAAGGAGCCUUCUUUAAUCAGUUGACGUCUUCCAGCUCCGGACCAAGACAAUUCCCCAGUUCCAGCAGACCUGGCCUCCCCACGAACAAUCAGAAUGGUCCACAACAACCGGGCAUGUUCUACCAGAAUCAACGUAAUAUUCAACCACCUGCUGCAUUCGUCCAGCCACCUCCCGGAUUCCAGAUGAAUCGAUCUGGAGGGCAGAUCGGACAGCCGCCCCCUCCGCCGCCGUUCUUCAACCCCCAGGUCGCUCCUAGGCCGAGUCCUGUAGCUGGUGGAUUCCCAAGAAAUGGGAAUAUGGCUGCAACUCCACAGCCCCAAACCAACUUUCCGGGGUGAGUUAGGUGGAAUACUCUUAUAAGGGAAGUCAUUCAGGCACUGGGAUUUUCUUAAAGCUUUGCAUGUCGGUUAUGAACUAGUCACAUUGAAGUUUUAGCUCGUGCUUUCCAGCAGAAAUGAGCUGGAACGUCAAUCCAACUUAUUUCCCGACCCGUUUUGAGGUUUCCGGGAUGCGGCAUCAAGUGUGUGGCAUCGUCCACACACUAUGAAUCUAUUGACGAAAAGUUAUUCAAGGUUCUUUCGGUUUUCUGACUAGAAAGCAAGGCCAUGUUCCGGAUGGGAAACAGUUAAACAUUUUUCAAACGUCGGCUGCCAGCGAAGUGGUUACCCGACAGUUGUCGCGACGCCCCGCAAGUUUAGAGUUAUUUUUUAGGCAUAUGCGGAGCUAUUUGCCCACGCUUUGCAGAAACGACCAAGAUCCUUAGGUCGAAAGAUUGCAAAAAAUUGACAGUUUUUGCGAAUUUUGGCGUUUCAAGCCUGUCUGUACCUUAGAGGUUGAUGUUCCGCAAAAAAAAUUUUUCUGCAACUAAAUUGGCAGGGAUAUUGCCAAAAAGUGUUUCUCUGUAGCCGCACUCUGCGUUUCGCAUGCUGUCUCAGCCGCAAAAAUCGUUGGAUAUCUUGGGUGUGUCUGCAAAGCACGAAUUUUCAGGAAUUGAUAUGCGGCCCAUGCUCGAAGUGUGUGCAAAGUUUAAAGAAAAUCGGAGGGGGCAUUUGGGGUAUUUCCCUUGUUACAUUAGACAUGACUUUGGAUAAUAAAAACGUUGUUUUAGUGCGAAUUGGUCCAGCUACCCGGGCACUAUGAAUCCCCAGAAUCCGAAACAACCUUUCAACGGUUCUCAUCCCCAGUGGAACAAUUCCUGGAAUUUCUGA